AUGGCUCAUCGGUACGACGAUCAACAGCAUAGUGAGGAGCUGUUGACCAUCGUAGACCGAGGUACACCAGAACGACUUUUUGAAUUUUUACAAAAAUUUCAUCGAAAACCUUUUCAAAAUUUGACUAAUGUUAUUCAAUAUAAAGGUGUUAUUGAUGAUCAAAUUGAUUUUAUUAAUUGUACAGGUACAAAAUAUAAUGUUACACCAUUAAUGAUUGCCACAGGAAAAGGUUCGUAUGAAAAAGUAAAAAUUCUUCUUGUUCAUGGUGCCGAUCCAAAUAGACAAUGCGCAACAGGUGAUACAGCAUUAAAUUUAGCUGUUUAUCGUCAAAAAUAUCUUAUUGUUGAGUUACUUCUUCAAUAUAAUGCUAAUCCAAAUGUAUAUAAUCAAUCGGGUAAAACAGCAUUACAUCGUGCUGUUAUGUCAUAUGGUAAUGAAAAUGCUGGUCAUAUUCGAACAUUACUUAAUGCUGGAGCUGAUCCAAAUAUUGAAGAUCGAAAUCAACGACUACCACUAGAUGAAGCUGUUAUUGCUAAUAGGCCAACAAUGGUUGAUAUUUUACUUUCUUAUGAUCGAACUUUAGUCAAACGUGCUUAUCGAGCAGCUAUAAUUGCUUCUCGUCUUGGUCAUGAUAAAUGUUUAGAAAUAUUACUUAAUUAUAAUAUGGAUCCAAAUAUAACCGAUCAAACAAAUGUUACACCACUUCAUGUGGCAGUCCGUUCAUUAAGAUUAUCCACAGUUCGACUGUUGCUUGCAAAAGGUGCUAAUCAAAAUAUAGCAAAUAAUCGAGGUGAAACAGCUUUUGCUAUAGCUGAGCGUUUACAACCAGAUCAAAAACAAAAUUUUAUUGAUGCUCUUUUACGUACACCACAAAGAACAUCACCGGACUUUGUUACAUACACAUCAGGAAAUGCUAUAUCACAUAUUUAUCCAUUAAUUCGCAGUCAUUCAAAUUGGACAUUAGAUAGUGAUAAAUUUCGAAGUCCGACAGCUGAAGAUUCAUCUAUACAAAAUUUACUUGAUUUUUCGACUGAAGCCUAUUGGCGUUGUACACAAUCUAAAAAUGCAUGGAUUAUUUUUGAUUUAAAACAUGAAUAUAAUAUAACUGGCAUGAGAAUAAUUGGAUGUGAAAAUCAUUCGGCACCAAGAAGUGGUCAUCUUGAUGUGUCAAAUUCUUUUAAUGGUCCUUGGCUUAAAAUUAUAGAUUUUGCUUGUAUAUUAUCUGCUGGAAAUAAAAAUGAUUUCAUUUUUCCACCAUUAAAAACUCGUUAUGUUCGAGUUUUUAUUUUGGAUAAUUAUGGUGGUGUAGAUAUUCAAAUAAAACUUAUUGGCUUUUUUGGUAUUGAUAUGCGUUUAGUUGAUUUACUUCGACAAUAUAAUUUAGAAAAAAGUCUUAAUACACUUUUAGCUAAUGGUAUUAAUGAUCAAGAAACAUUAAAUGAAAAACGUGAUGAAAUUUUAAAUUCGUCUGAUAAAUAUUUACAUGUGAAUGAUCAUUUUCAAUUUAUACGUUUAAUAGAUACAUUGAGAUCACCUCGAUUGACUUUUCUUCAAUGGUUUAAUCCACCACAAACAACUGUUAUUGCCGGUGAAAAAUUACAAACUUUCAGUGUUAUUGGUGACGAAGGAGUUACCGAUCGAGUUAAAUUAGAAGAAAAACUUGAAACCAGUCCUCAAGCAACAACUAUGCUUAUGAGAGAUCUUGAACCGAUUCAAGGUCGUUCAUUGGUAGACUUUCCUGAUUAUACAUUUAAAUAUCCUGGUCGAUAUAAAAUUCGAGUUGUUAGCCUUGAAUCACCCGACAUUCAUACACCUUGGCAAGAAAUUGUUGUUGGUCCUAUCUUAUCCUAUUUAUCUAAGCUAAACACAGCAGCAGACGAGCAUCUUUACCGUUCGUCAACAGCUCAUAUUUUCAACGUAACUACAACUGAUAACAAAAGCACAACACUUUCUCAAAGAACACCAAAAAUAACUGGUAGUAAAAAAGACGAACGUAUAUUAAUUACUAGAGUAUACGAAACUGAUAACAAAGAUUCAUAUUUAUCAUCACUAAAAUCAAUUAAAGAUUUAUCUUCUUUUAUUCGAUCACCUAACAUGUUACAUAUAGUAGGCGAAUCACAUUCUAAUUCUGAUCAAGAAAAAAGAUAUAAACCUAAUCAUUAUACACAAACAUCAAAUAUUGAUUAUUAUGAUCAUUCAACGAAUACUAGUAAUGAUAAUUUGGAGUAUACUAAUUCUAAGACAAAUGGAGAUAAAAUUCUAAUACCAACGCAAUAUCGUCCACUAAAUUCUUCAUUAAUAUCAAAUUCUUCUCCAUUAGCUACUACUAAUAAUCAAUAUGGGUCAAGCAUCCAUGAACCGCUUGGUUAUGGUGAGAGAAUUAUUAUACCAACGAAAUUUCGAUUGCAACAAGAACGUAUUAAUAGACUACGUAAUAAUGGAAAUAAAGUUCGUUCAGAACCAGAAUUACGCAAAGAAAAUAAACAACCAGAUAGAUUGCAACAACCACCAAGGCCAUACGAACAAAAAAACUAUCCACAAGAUCAAGACUCAUAUAUCAGAGUCACGACACCACAGGAAAACAAAUCCUUACCACAGCCAUCAUCACAAUUUGGACAACAGAAUAGUCUACAAAAUCGAGACUCGAUACAACGAGAUAAUCAAUCAGAUUCGCGAUUAUCACCAUCACAAUAUGAUUAUAUUCUAGAUUUAACACAACAAAAAAAUGAAUUAUCGCCACGAGCAUCAUCACAACAUGGAAAACAACGUGAUCUUCAAAAUCGAGACUCAUUACCGCGAGAUAAGCAAUCACACUAUAACCAUCGAAAUGAAUUUCAACAGCCAAAGGGAUCGGAGAAAUUUUCAGCAGAUAUAUCACCAUAUAAUAAUCCGGCACAAUCAUCUUCGUAUUCACGAUUGGAUUCAAACAAUGAUAAAAAAAUACAGCAACAACAACAACAAAAUCAACGACCUAUACGAAAUACUGAUCAAGAUCAUACAGAAUCGUUUAAUAAACCACAAAAAAUUACUUCGGCUAGUUUUGAAUUACGAGGAAGUCAACCCAAUAAUAAUUUAUAUACUUAUGAACCUAAAAAUACUCAAAUGGAAUUAAUAUUCAAAGCUACUUUGGAAGGUUCUGAUGCACAAAAUCCAACAUAUGCAUAUAUUCAUGCAACAACUGAUAAUAAAACUCCUAUAAAUUCAACACCAAUGGAUAAUCGUCCAAUUUCUUCAAAUAACAUAAAUCCUUUAUAUGAAGGUUACAAUCAAAAUAAAGAAAAAUAUUCAUCUCCAUCCCAGCUACUAACACCAGGACAACAAACUACAACUAAAAUAAACCCUCGUGAUGAUGAUGAAGAUCUUCAUCAAGCACGUAAUUAUUCAUCCGAAAAUUAUACACCAGCAAAUACUUACGAGAAAAUCCCUUCGAAACAAGCCGAUAAUAUACAUAGUUCUCAAUUAUCAGCAUCACCAUCUCCAUCACUAGCAAGAUUAUCGGACAAGAAAUCAAAAUAUUUUUUUGGUGCAAAUAUUGAAAGGAAAUUAUCCGAUGAUGAAAAUGACGAAACAGAAUGUGAAACAUUUGGUCAUGAUUCACAAGCUAGACCUCUUACAAAUACAAAUAUAAAACGUAAUCUUGAUUUUUCACCUACAACAUAUUCUCAAUAUCCUGAUAAUGAUAAUUCUUCGAAUCUUCAAUUCAAACAACAAAGUGAUGCUGGAACAACUACUGGUAAUACAUUAAAACAAAAUCAACAACGUCCAUCAAGUAGAAAUCAAUCAUUAUCAGGAAAAUCUCAAGAUUCUGAAGAAGAGCCACCAAUAACUAUGCUUACUAAUAAGGCACCUACAACUAAUGUCGAUUCUAAAACGAAUAGUUAUAAUGAUGAAAAAAAAAAUAUUGAAGAUUCAAGUUCUCAAGCAAGUCAUUCUGGACGUGAAGAUGCAACUGAUUCUUAUAACAAAAACAAUCAUGAUAUUGGAAAUUUGAGACGACCGCAAAACAAAAUUAAUCGCACUGAUGAUGAUGAUGAUGAUGAUGAUGGAGACAAAAUUCGUCAUAAUCCAUAUCAAAAUACUGGUCGUGAAUUUCCAGAGGACGAUGAUGAUGAUGAAAAUGAUCAUCUUCAUAAUGAUCAACGAACAAUUGACAAUUUGGUAAAAAAGAAUCCAUUGGUUGAACCGUCACAAUAUACUUCACUAUCGGAAGACACAGCAGAAUCACAACAGAAUAUCGAUGGUAAAAAACCAACUGAGAUAAAUGUUCGGACUACUGACGGACGGCAUUUGUAUACACCUGGUAUCAUACCGCCUAGACCGAAUUCAGCAUCAACAACUGAUAUAACUGAUGAAAUAACUGAGAGAACACCAUUUGAUAAACCACAUAAAUUUCGUCGUACACCAGAUACGUAUUUAGGUGAUUCGCGUGAUAAUAACGAAGACGACGAAGACGAUUCCGAUAUAAUGUCUAAAUAUCCAGAACAAAAUCGUAAUUUUCCAACUACGAACACAGCCGAAUCAAAAACUUUUAAAAAUUAUGGCACUCAAUCAGAACAAAAAUCAACACGAAAUGUUGGUACAAUGUCUGAGCCUGUUCAAACAUCUAAUUUUGGUAAUGAUGUUCAACCACAAUCAUCAUCAACUCAAACUUUGGCCUUGAUACAAAAUAAUUCAAGACCACAAGACGGAAAAUAUUCUAAUGGAACAAUCUCUCAACCACAAAGACAAGAUUAUUCAAAACCCAAUAAAAAUUACACUAAUCAACGUUCAUUAUCAGUUGAUAGUGAAGAAAAAAAUCAAUUACAACCACCAAUACUAUUACGACCAAAGAAAUGUUCCGAUUAUGAUCGACAUUCAUCACGACAUAGAAGUCCUUCAUGUUCAACUUAUCGUCCACCAUAUUUUUUUUCACCACAACGUAGUCCACAAACAGUAAUUCCACUUCAGGUACUUUCAUCACCAUCAGAAUAUCAUUAUUCAACUGAAGGAGAGAAACCAGAAGUUAUUUCACCGAACAAUAAAUAUCUCAUACCAUUAUUACCAAUACCAAAUCGUCCACGUAAAAUAAAAAAUCGACCACCAAUGACUACGAUUGAAACUGAUACUAGCCUUGAUGGUAUGAAAUAUCCACAUCAUCGAGGUGCUCAACCAGAACCAUUAUCAACGAGAGAAUUUGGAACAACAACUAGUUUAGAAAUUAACUAUCAAAAACUUGCAUCUAAAGAAAAAUUAGAUGAAGAAGAACAAGAAAUAAUUAUGCAAUUUCUUGAUGACGAAUCCUAUCCACCCUAUAUUGAUGAAUUACCAAAUGAUACUUCUAUUUUAUUGCCAUCAACACUUGUUACACACCCUGAUGCAUCACAAAGUGUACGUCGUCAUCUCCAAUUACCAAUAUCACAAGACAAUGUUUAUUUUGAUGAUAGAAUAAAAAAUACGGAAUCAAAACUUCAUCAUGCUCAAGAACAACAAAUACCAUUAACAAACACAUCACUAGUACUUAAUAUUGGAACAGAAAAUAUUAUUUCACAAUCACCUGAUAAUGAAUUUACAGUUCCAUUUGAACGACAUUAUGUUUAUGAACCAACUCCUGAAUUUACAACAGAAAAUGAGCAGUUUCGUUCAUCAACAUUAAAACGUGAUGAUUUAACAAUAAGAAAUAUGCAAAAAAUUCUAUUACCUGUACUUAAUUCAUCACGAACAUAUGUUAUUGAAAAACAACCACUUCAUGGUAAUCCUGUUCGUCAAUCACAAACACAUGGAAAUUUUUAUUUAACAACAUCACCAACAUUACGUUCAUUAAAUUCAUCGUAUCAAGCUGAUGAUUCAGAAAUAAAUCCACUUACACAAUUGUUUGACACAAUAAAUUUAAAUGGAUACGAAUUAUGA